AUGUCUACUGCUGCUACUGCUUCUCUACCCAAAGUUGUGGAUGGGAAAAUUCAAUCCCUUGCCAUCACUUAUACUACGGGCAAAUCUCCUCUCAAAGUGCAAACUAUUGAGUUCCCGGUGGCCUCUGCUGAUAAGCUAGUCAAACCUACCGAUGUCCUUGUUAAAACCAAGGCCUCUACUAUCAACCCUGUUGACUGUAUCUUGAGAUCUCUUGCUCCUUCUUGGUACAAAGGAUCUGUGGUCAAGGUGUUGGGAGGUGAUUUCUCUGGUGUUGUUGUCGACGCCGGUUCCGAGUCUGGUAGUAAGGUCGGCGACAGAGUGUACGAGAAUAUGUCAUUCAACCAGGCUGCAUCUUUACCCGUUGUCGGCGGUACUGGGUACCAGAUUCUCAAGAGUCACGACGUUGACUCUCUCAAGGGCUCUCACGUCUUGAUUCUAGGUGGUGGUACUUCUGUUGGUAACUACAGUAUUCAAUUUGCUAAACACUACUUUGGUGCGAAGACUAUUGUGGCUACCUGUAGUUCCAGAUCGUUCGAAAGAGUCAGAAAAUUCGGAGCUGAUACCUUGGUUGACUACACCAAGGGUAAGACGCAUGAACUCAAUGGGAUUUUGGAGUCUGUAAAAACUAAUGGAAAGUUUGAUAUCGUUGUCGACUGUGUUAGAGAUCCUAUUAUCUAUGGAAGUUUGGAUACAGUGCUCAAAUAUUCUAAGGAAGGUGGUGUUUACGCCCAGGUUUCCGGUUCGAAAAAAAUGAACUACAAGGGGGUAAGUAUUCUUGACCUGAUUCCUCAAUGGUUUUUCUUUUUUGAGACACUCAAGGAGAAGUUAGGUCUCUCCAAUUUCAAAUUUGUCGGCUUUAUGGAGGGUUCAGACCCUAAAUUUACUUCCGCCGUUGAACAGCUUUGGAAGAAAUCCAAACUUAUUGUUGACAUUGACUCUACUCACGAUUGGAAGACAGACUACGAAGCUGCCUUCGAUAAGGUGGCUCUGUGCAAGGCCAAGGGUAAGGUCAUUUUGGAAUUCGAUUGA